AACGCAGAUGAAAACAUAGCAGAAGCCUUUAUCGCUUUUAUGGUUACAUGUACCCCAUAGCACUACUGGUGCAUAAAUAUUUGAUUUGUAGGAUUUGUAAUAAAGCAGGUAUCAAUGAAAAUAUUUACAAUACUUCGUAUGACAUCUAGACACUUUGUUAGACUUAAAUCUACUCAAGUUAAUCCUCAAAAAUACUGCAUCGACCUUGUGAAAAAACAUGAUUUUGAGAACUAUUUGUGUUCUGUAUUUCUGCGUAGAAGAGAUCAAGAGUGUGCAUUUGCAAUCCGAGCUUUCAACAUAGAAGUUGCUAAUAUAGAAGGGCAAGUUAGCCAGGCUACCAUAGGACUUAUGCGCUUGAAAUUCUGGGAGGAGGCAAUCGAAAAGAUUUUCAAAGAUAAUCCACCCCACCAUCCUGUUGCUCAAGAAAUUCACAGGGUCCUUGAAAAAAAUGUGAUAACUAAACGAAAUUUACGUCAACUUGUGUCGGCACGCACUGAGAAGUUGUCAGCUAGUACGUUCAAGAGUCUAGAUCACAUGGAAAAAUAUGGUGAUCAAACAUGCUCUCCCAUAUUUUAUCUUCUUUUGACCUCUUGUGGUAUUGAAAAUGUCAAUGCAGAUCAUGCAUUUAGCCACCUUGGAAAGGCUCAGGGUUUGACUAACCUUAUCAGAUCCGUACCAUACUAUGCACAGAGAAAGGUAGUAAUAAUUCCUCAGGAUAUUUUGCUGAAGCAUAGGGUUUCACAAGAAAAUAUUAUCAGGGGAGGAUGUGACAAACCGAUUCGAGAUGCUGUUUUUGAUGUUGCUUGUAGAGCAAAUUCACACAUAGACAAGGCAAUGUCAUUAGUAGAGCAAGUUCCAAAUCGACUGUUUAGACAAUUUUUACCUGUCGUUCCUCUCAAGUGCUACCUGGAAAGACUAAGACUUGUGGAUUUUGAUGUAUUUCAUCCAAAUUUACAACUACGAGAUAAUAAAUUAGCUUUGCGGCUUUUCUGGAAGACUCUCAGAGGAAAGCUGUGAUUCUAAAUUUAAAAAAUAUUGAUUAAAAAGAAAUGUUGAAUGUUCUUGAAA